UCUAGCUACAGGUAACAACAGGUGUGUCCCAAAAUGUAACAACCAAAUAUAUGUUUUCUGUAGCUGUUUCAAUGUGUUUCUUAACUUCCGGAUCUCACACUUGAUUUCCAAUAGGACAAAGAGGAACUGCAAUUCUCUGCAAUUCUUAGCCUUUUAGACUAAAUCAUGCCGGCUGUUCAUUGACAGGAUGCCUGGCGAAUCAAAGAGGAGUAGAAACAGGAUGCACUGGGGAUUGGUGAGUGGCACGUUUCACCAGCCUAUCCCUGCUGCCUCCUCGCUCACCUGCACAUGGCUGAUUUGCCUGAUCCCGCCCUCCUUCUCAGCCAAGCCAGCCCAGCUCCCUCUGAUUGGCCGCAAGCCUUUUGUGGCAGCCUGGAAUGCCCCCUUAGACGUCUGCACCAGCCGCUACAACGUGAGCAUUGACCUUAAGGUCUUCCACAUGCACGGUAGCCCCCGCGCUGUGAGGACGGGCCAGGAUGUCACCAUCUUCUACGCCAACCGGCUGGGCCACUACCCCUUCUACACGGAGCAGGGCGCCCCCAUCAACGGCGGCCUCCCGCAGAACUGCAGCCUGGAGUCCCACCUGCGCAAGGCCAGUCAGGACAUCCGCCAUUACAUCCCUUCCGGAGACUUCCGUGGCCUGGCUGUCAUCGACUGGGAGUACUGGCGACCGCAGUGGAGUCGAAACUGGCACCUGAAGGACAUCUACCGCAGAAAAUCACGGGAGCUGAUCCGGGGGACUUACGUCAACGUGACAGAGGCUGAGGUGGAGGAGCUGGCGAGACACGGGUUCGAGGACAGCGCCACAGCCUUCAUGAAGGAGACUCUGCGACUGGGCACGCUCACUCGGCCCCUAGGCCUCUGGGGUUUCUACCUCUACCCCGACUGCCACAAUUACAACCUGCACGAGCGUAACUACACAGGCUCCUGCCCCCUGCUGGAGAGCAUGCGCAACGAUAAGCUCCUGUGGCUGUGGAACAGCAGCACGGCGCUAUUCCCCUCCGUGGCCAUUAGAAGGCGCCACUCGGACAGCUCCGGCAACCUGCACUUCUCCCGGUGCCGGGUGCGUGAGUCUCUGCGUGUCGCUGGCCUCCCCUCCCUGGACUACGAGCUGCCCGUCUUUGUCUACUUGCGCCUGGGCUACCGGGACAAACCUCUGGCCUUCCUCACCAUGAAAGAUCUGAUCCACACUAUUGGCGAGAGCGCUGCCCUGGGGGCGGCCGGCUUCGUGAUCUGGGGUGACCUCAAGAUGACAUCCUCCAGACGCAGCUGCCUGAAGGUGAAGUCUUUCGUGCACCGCCAGCUGGGCCGCUACAUCGCCAACGUGACGCGGGCGGCGGAGCUGUGCAGCCGCCUCCUGUGCGGGAGCAGCGGCCGCUGCGCACGGAGAGACCCGGAGGCGCCGCACUACCUUCACCUCAGCGGUGCCUCCUACCGCAUCGCGCCCGUCGCGGACGGAGGCUUCGCCGUCACGGGCGUGCAUUCGCCGGCCGAGAUCAGGCUGCUCGCCGAGCGCUUCCGCUGCCGCUGCUACCGGGGAUACGGCGGGGACCGGUGCGACCGGCGCCGGACCUCGGGAGCGACGGCUGCCAGGGCUUCGGCUGCGCUCGUCAUGCUCCUCGCUGCCUGCGCCUUGCGCAAUGCAGGCUGUCCCAUCUUUAACAUAUUCCGGCACGAUUGCCAGGGCAUACUUUUUAAAAAGAAGAGUUUGUUUUUAGUCUGA